AUGGCUAAUGCCACCAGUGAAAAUGCUGUUGGUGGUAAAAAACUGACGGAAUUGAAGGUCGUUGAGCUUCGUUCGGAAUUGGAAAAAAGAGGUUUGGAUAAAACUGGAGUAAAAGCUGUCUUGCUGGAACGUUUGGAAAAGGCACUUGAGAAUGAAGGAAAAGUUCCUGAUGACUACUUGUUUGCUGAAAGUGAACUUAAAUCUAAGAAAUCUUUAGGUCGUCUUUCGAAGAGUGCAACAGAAAAGGAAAUGAAAGAUGAUGAGGAAGAUGAGGAGGAGGAAGAUGAAGAAGAGAGUCCAGUGGCAACUGAUGAUUCUGUUCAACAAAAUGAUUCUGUUAAUAUGAACAGCAAUUUGCAAGUUGAAAACUCUAAUAAAGUUACAAAUGUUGCAUCUACUGUGGAUAAUGUUGAAGUAAAAAAUGAUGAGCAGCACGAAAACACCAAAGAGACGCAACCUUCUCCUGAGAAACAAGCAACACUUAAUGAUACCAAUUUAAAUAAUGCUUCUUCAAAGGUUGAAACAAAUGACAUCUCUGCUGAUCCUACAGCACUGCCACCACAGUCAUCAUCAUCAUCAGCAGCAGCAGGCGCUAACACAAAGGAGGAAGAUGAGCAGAAUGAUGCAGACAAAUCCACAACGGCCAGUACACAGGAUCACACUCCAGCAGCAAGUUUGAAUGAAGUCAAAGAAGAGGAGAGUCAGAAUGCUGUCUGUGACAUUUUGCCCCCAACACCAACAAGUGUGCCUUGUGUGGCACCAUUGACUCUGAAAGAUACUAUAAAUAUGGACACUUCAACUGCUCAACAGAGUGAAGAAAAUGAGUCUCUGAUUGUACAUGUUGAUGAUACUCAGAAUGAUCUUGAUGCCGACCUCUUGACCUCACAAACAAACGGAUUGAAAUCAAGACAAGCGGCAAAGGAGAAAGCAAUUGGUAAGAGUGAAGGAAAGAAAUCCGAUCCUGGAAGCGGCGGCGGCGGCAGCAGCGGCGGCGACAACAGCAGCCCUCCAGAAGUGGGAGGUGAAAGCAGUGGAGAAGGAAUAGGAGGAGGAGGAGGAGAUAAAGGUAACCUGGAAGUGAAGACUGAGAAGAAAGCAGAUGAAAAGAAAGAUGAUAAAGAUGGGAAGUUGAAGAGUUCUUCAUCCGUUUCAAAGCUCAAGAUUACCAAAAAUGUCAAAGGUGGUAGUCAAAAUAGCCGGAAUUUAUGGAUCAGUGGUCUGUUCUCUAAUACUCAUGCUACAGACCUGAAAGGACUUUUUUCAAAACAUGGCAAGGUUAUUGGCGCUAAAUUAGUGACAAAUACUCGUAGCCCAGGAGCAGGAUGUUAUGGUUUUAUUACUAUGUCCUCUUCAGAGGAAGCCACCAAAUGCAUUCAACAUUUGAAUCAAACAGAAUUCCAUGGCAAGAUGAUAUCAGUAGAAAAGGCCAAAAAUGAACCAGGGACACAAACUGUUAAAAAAACAGAAACCAAACCUGGUGAAAAGAAAUCGGAUAAAACAGAAGUAAAAAAAGAGAGUGGUAGCCAAAAUAGCCGGAAUUUGUGGAUCAGUGGUUUGUCUUCUAAUACUCGAGCCACAGAUUUGAAAGGACUUUUUUCUAAAUAUGGAAAGGUUGUUGGUGCCAAAGUAGUGACAAAUGCUCGUAGUCCAGGAGCUCGAUGUUAUGGCUUUCUUACUAUGUCCUCUUCAGAGGAAGCCUCCAAAUGCAUUCAACAUUUGAAUCAGACAGAACUCCAUGGCAGAAUGAUAUCAGUUGAAAGGGCUAAAAAUGAACCAGGAACACAAACUAUUAAAAAACCAGAAACCAAACCUGGUGAAAAAAAAUCUGAAAAACCAGAGGUGAAAAAAGAAGAAAAGAAAGAAGGUAAUAAGAAAGAGAGUGAAAAAAAAGAUACUGAGAAGAAAGAAGGUGAGAAAAAAGAAGUUGCAAAAAAAGAAGAGAAGAAAGAAACAAAGAAAGAUGACAAGGACAGAAAAUCUAUAUGCAAAAGAGACAACAAACGGCAUUCAAGUACAAGUGGUCACCGAAAAAUUACUGAUAAAUCACGUGUGGUUGUGAUGGACAAAAGCAAAGGUGAGCCUGUCAUCAGUGUGAAGAGAGGAAGUAAAGAAAGUGGGGACAAGAACAAAACGUCCACCAGUAAAGAGAAAGUUUCUACUGUGUCAAAAUCCAAACCCAAAGAAUCUACAGAGAGUGGCAAAGAUAAAACCAAAGAAUCCAAGAAGGAUAUUCUGUCUUUUGAUCAGAUUCGAAUAUCUCGACCUUCAAAAGUUAAGAAACAACUAUAUGAAUACUUCAAGGCUGAGCGUGAGAGGGAACGUUUGCGCCAAAGUGAGAGGCGAUUGCGUGAAGAAGAGAGACGACGCCUUAGAGAGCUGGAUCGUGCACGAUUGAUCCAAAGAGAUGUUCAAAGAAGACAAAAAGAGGAGGCUUUCCGAUUAGAAAGAUUCAGGGAAAGGCUUAGAAUGGAGAGGGAGAAACUCGAAAGAGAGAAAUUGGAAAGAGAAAGAAUCAAAUUAGAACGUGAAUUCCUUGAGCGUGAGAGAUUCCGCGAUGAACAACGGCGAGCAGAAAUGCUUCAAUUUGAAGAACAGAGACGUGCAAUGAAGAGAUCCUACGAAAGAAGCAGUGGGCAUGAAGAAGGCUUUUGGAAUGAACCAAAAAGACCCAAUUUGAAUGCCCCUUCUACCAGAUUUGAUCAUUCAUUCUCCAAUGAAUCUCUAUUUAAUGAAUUUGAACACAGAGAUUACGAAAGAAGAGUGGAGCGUUAUGAUCGACAAGAUGCUCGAUCCAUUGACACUGCUGCUCGAUUUGAAGAACAUAAAGAUCGAGAUCUUACCAGGAGAGACAUUGGGCCUGUUAGAGAUCUCCGUGAUAGGGAUGACAGGCGCCCUGAUGAACGCAGCCACCCAGAUGAUCGCUUUGAUAGGAGAGAAGUUGGACCAGGUAGAGACCGCAGCAGUGAUCGGAACCAUGAAGCCGAUCGGAGAGACUUAGGGCCAGACAGGGGGAGGGAUUCUGAUCGGAGAAACGUUUCUGCACAUGACAGAUUGGGGAGAGUCAGAAAUUCACCUGCUGUUCCUCCUCCUGAUCAAAGAACUCCAUGGGGUUCUGGUCUUGACAGAAAAGUCGACGCUUGGUCUCAUCCACAUGGUAACAUGGAUAAUUCUGGUGUGAAUCGUCCAAAUGAUAGGUGGAUAAACAACAAUAUGGCUCCUAACCAUGACCGAGGUCCCAACAGUGGAGGAGGUGGUGGUCCUGGGGCUGGUGGAAUGGUACAAAACAUGGGACCUGGAAAUAUGUUUGUCAAUCCCCAGGCUCAACCUCCUGCUAUGAUGGUUGGUGGUGGGGGAGGAGGUGGUGGCAACAUGGGAGGCCGCAUGCCAGAACCUCGUUUUGAUGCCUACAAGCAUAUGCGACGGUAUUAA